CGCCUUUUUCGAAAGCAUAAUUGGCGUUGGUACUUUUGUUGGGGGUCUAAGUUUGGAAGAAUAUAUAUUGCCUUUAAUGAUUCAGUCACUUUCCGAUUCUGAAGAAUUUGUCGUAGAAAAAGUUCUUAAUUCUUUAACAAGUCUGGCUGAAUUAGGAUUAUUCCAGAAAUUGAGAUUAUGGGAAUUGAUUGCAAUUGUAGCUUCAUUAAUGUGUCAUCCUGGAAUAUGGAUACGUUAUGGUGCUAUCGCAUUCAUUGCUUCUGCUGCGAAACUUUUACCAACAACUGAUGUAUGGUGUAUUAUUUACCCUAUAAUAAGACCAUUUUUACAAGCUGAUAUUGCUGAAAUCACCGAGAUUCAUCUAUUAGAGAAUGUUAAAGAUCCGAUUCCAAGAGUUGUAUAUGAUGCGGCCGUCAGUUGGGCAGGAAAAUCUAAUAAAACAUUAUUUUGGAAACCAGCUAAAGAACGUAAAGCAAAUAAAACUGCUUCAGCCACAGUAUCCGGUAAUGCUAGUAUAACUAAUUUAUUAUCACGAAGAACUUCGACGUUAGCCGUAAAUGCUGAUAAAAUUGUUAAGUCGGAAGAAGAUGAACAACAUUUGGAAAAAAUUAGAAAACUUGGGAUGUCUCGUGAGGAUGAGGAAAAAAUUGCUGCAAUGAGAGAUUAUGUUUACAAGUUAUCGAUUUCAAGACUUAAUACUCGCGCAAAAACUGAUGAAAAUCUCAAAUUAGAGGAUGGAAAUAUGACGUUGAAAAAUUUGGGAAUAACUCCCCACAAUGUAUUUGUAAUACCUACGAACGCCGAAGGAAAUGCAAUUGGUACUAAUUACAUUCUUCCAAAAACGAAUGUCGUCUGGACACCAAGUGCAAAAGGUAGCAAAGUUUCAUUAUCUGAGCCUUCAUCAGCAUCUCGUGUUUCUAGUGAAAGCAAUUUACAAAAUCUUCGAGCAGAAGAUCAAGCUCGUUUAAUAUCUACUAGUUUAAGAGAAGCUCGAAUUAAUUUAUCAGCCAUAGCUCCACCUUUUCGAGAAAGACAUAUGUCAUUAGUUGGUAGAUCAGCGGAUAGUCCUAAAGCAGCACCCGCUACUAGUACAAAUAUAACAACAGUUGUAGGUACUAUGGAAAUACCUCUUCCUGCUGUUUCUUCUGCUCGAACACUUGAAACAAACACAAAUGGUAAAACAAUUAUUAAUAAUGAAUCUGAAAUAUCAAGAAGAAAUCUUAGUGCAUUCGUAUCUAAUACAUAUGAGGGUAACGAUCGCAAUAUUAAAAACUUGUUGGAUAAUUUAUAUCUUGAGGCAUUCCCCGAACCAAUGCCAGUUGCAAAAGCUGUGGUUCCACGUCCAGGACGUAACGCAAAAGGAGCGAACACGAUUAAAACUAUUUCUAAUUGGAGACCUGAAGGUACAUUGGUUGCACAUUUGACAGAGCACAAAGCAGCUGUCAAUCAAAUUUGUGUUUCUCCAGAUCAUAAUUUCUUUGCAACUUGUUCGGAUGAUGGAACAAUUAAAAUAUGGGAUUGUUCAAGAUUUGUAAAGAAUUUCAAUUGUCGAUCAAGAAUAACUUAUAGUCAACAAGAGGGAAAAAUUAAAUGCAUGACAUUUAUUGAUAGUACGCAUAGUAUUGCAACCGCAUCAGAUAAUGGAAGUAUUCAUGUAUUCAGAAUUGAUUAUUCAGCUGGAGUUAAUUCACCAAAAUAUGGUAAACCUGUAAUAGUACGAGAGACAUAUUUAGAUAAUGAAUAUGCAGUAGUAAUGGAGCAUUACGAUACUGGUAAUAUAUGUGGAUUAGAUUUACGAUCGAUGCAAGUGGUAUGGAAAUUUACCAAUCCAAGAAGUCACGGAGUAAUAACAGCCAUGGUAACGGAUAAAAAAUAUAGAUGGUUACUUAUUGGUACAUCUCGGGGGAUCCUCACACUUUGGGAUCUUCGAUUUGGAAUUCAAAUAAGAUCCUGGGUUCAUCAUACAAAAAGUCGAAUUAUUAAACUUUUAUUACAUCCACAAGCUGGAUCUAGUAAGCAAAAAUGGUGGGUAAUUGUUGCAGCAGGAAAGAAUGAAGUAUCAAUUUGGGAUAUAGAAAAAAUUGAAUGUAAAGAAGUUUAUACUAUAAAAAAUGGGGAUGAAAAAUUUGGAGGAAUUUCUACGGAUACUUUUAAGGUAAAUAAUUGUGAAAUACUAAGGAGUACAUUUACAGCUCAUGAAAGUAGUUUCUCGUCAGAUAAUUCAAUUCGUGCAGUUCUUUAUUCACCUGAAUGUAAUUAUAUGAUUACCGGUGGAUCUGAUCGUAAUAUUAGAUUUUGGGAUAAUAAUCAUAUAGAAGAUUCUUAUAUAAUUGUUGAUUCUGAUAUGGAAGAAAAUAAACCUGUGUAUAGGUAA